AUGAGAAACUGUAAUGCUUACCCAACUACCAUGCUUGCCCCUCCCGCUACGACUGGUUACUAUGCUGCUGCACCGGCGUCGUACCCAGUCACUACUUCGCGUGCUCCCACACCUAUGACAAGCUAUGCCGCUCCGGCAGCUCCUUCGUAUCCAACUCCAGCUCCACAAGCUCACCCAACUAUGCCAAUCUAUGCCACCCCAGCAACUCCAUCCUAUCCAGCCACUAUCCCAAGCACACCGGCUGCUAUCCCAAGCUAUGUUGCUCCGGCAACUUCAUCCUAUCAAGCUUCUACACCACAGGCUCCCGCAGCUGUGCCCAGCUAUGCUGGCCCAACACCUCCAUCCUAUCCGGCCACUACCCUACGUGCUCCCGCAGCUAUGCCAAUCUAUGCCGCUCCAGCACCUCCAUCCUAUCCAGCCACUAUCCCGAGCGCACCGGCCGCUAUGCCAAGCUAUGUUACUCCGGCGACUCUGUCCUAUUUAGCUCCUACUCCGCAAGCUCCCGCAGCUAUGCCGCUCCAGCACCUCCAUCCUAUCCAGCCACUACUCCGCGUGCUCCGCCUCCAAUGCCAAGCUAUGCCGUUCCAGCACCACCCGAGCACCACCAUCCUAUCCAGCCACUACCCCGCGUGCUCCAGUAGCAAUGCCAAGCUAUUCCGCUCCAGCACCGCCAUCCUAUCCAGCCACUACCCCGCGGGCUUCGGCUCUUAUGCCAAGCUAUGCCUCUCCAGAGCCACCAUCCUAUCCAGCAACUACUCCCUCGUGCUCCCUCACAACCCAGGCAAAAAAGUACUAGAUUGCACUACAAUAAAAUGA